AUGACGACUCCACUCAAGGAUUCCGUGGAGGAUCACCUCCCGCCUGCGCCGCCGUUCGUAAAUUGUGUGCGGCUUGGUUUCAUCAUCAUGUUCAUGCUCGGCGGCCUCUUAUUUUCUGUGAUAGACACCACCAUAGUCUCGACAGCUCUCAUCACAAUCGCCACUGACCUUCAAAAUUUCAAGGAUAUGUAUUGGGUGGUUCUUGCGUACCUGCUGUCAUACUUGGGUUGCGCAAUUGGGUUCGCCAAACUCGCCGACCACUUCGGCCGUCUCUCAGUCUUCUUGUUCUCCUGGCUCAUUUUCUCAAGCUGUUCCCUUGGCUGUGGCUUAGCUACGAACAUGCCACAGCUAAUCAUCUUUCGAGCCCUUCAGGGAGUCGGCGGCUCAGGCCUCUACAGUCUGUCACAGAUCUCUCUGGCAGAGAUCGCGCCCCACGGAAAAAACGCUUUGAUUGGUAUGCUCAUCGGCAUCACACUCGCUACCUCAUUUGUGCUCGGCCCUCUUCUGGGCGGCGCCAUUUCUGGAGGCAACUGGCGAUGGAUAUUCUACAUGAAUAUCCCUGCCGGUUUCGUUUGCAUGUUCGGUCUCGUCGUCCUCUGGCCUCGGGACUUUGGCAGGCCACUGCAUCCUUGGCGCCAGUUCUGGAGGAUUGAUUUCAUCGGCAACAUAUUCAUCCUUGCUGCCUGUGUUCUCAUGGUGUAUAGCUUACAGCAGGCUGGUGCCAUGAUAUUUGCGUGGACAAGUGUCGAAUUUAUCACCACAUUUGUUGUGUCGCUUGUAUGCUGGGCCUUGUUCUGGGCUUGGCAGCUAAUUCUCAAGCAUUUACCAAUCCAUGUCGAGCCCGUCUUUCCCGUUCGACUUGUUUACAAUCGUGUAUAUGUUGCGGCUGUGGUCGCAAUGUUCCUUUCGGGUUACUGCUACCUGGCGAUAGUCAUCACUCUUCCAGAGCGGUUUCAAGUUGUCAACGAAGACUCGGCGCUCAUGGCAGGAGUUCAUCUUAUCCCCAUGCUCGGAGCUACUGCCCUGGGGUCCAUCAUUGCCGGGGCGUUGUCGAAGCGGAAGAACAACACUUCAAGGACCUUGGUAGCAGCUUCAUGCCUGCAGGUAAUUGGGCUUGGGCUGCUAACUACUUUCAAUGCUCCUUCGUCGCCUACCAAUCCGCAGUUCGGAUACCAGGCAGUUUUCGGUCUGGGAGUAGGCCUGACCUUCUCUUCUGCGACUAUCCUUACCAAGAUACAAGCUUCGGGCCGAGAUCACGCGGUUGCCCAGGGGGUUAUGGCGCAGGUCAGGGUCCUUGGCGGCGCUCUGGGUCUGGUGGUCUGCAAUGUGAUCUUCAAUAUUCAUCUCGAGUCUCUGGAAGCGAAGCUCUCGGCCGAGGAGAAGGACGCGCUCCACCGUUCCCCAAUGGCGCUGAUGGACGUGGGCCAAGAUGCAGAACAAGGUGUUGCGCAGGACGUAAAGGAGGUGUUUUCGACGUCCUUCCAGAGUAUGGUCUGGGUCAUGUUCUGGGUCGCUGUCGCCGAGACGGUUGCAAGCCUUUGCACUUGGGAGAUAAACCCGACUUCCCUAGACGAGAUUGACGCGGCUGCUCUGGCUCACGCACAUGGCAGCCAGAAGCAGGGAAGCAGCAGCGGUGAAAGCCACACUGAGCUUGAGGACUUGUCGCCUAUCUUUCGUGCCGCGUCUUCGCAGGCGAGCACCGGACGGAGACGGCCUCCUACGCCGUCCGCACGUGGGCUCCCAAGUCGGGUUUGA